GAUACGUUAAAAAUAUUAUUCAGUGAAUUCAGCUGAAAUGGGACUCUACAAGCACUACAAGUCUGUGACAGACUGGAGGCUGGUGAUGGAGACAAUUUCAUGUUGGGAUGACAAAUGUCUUGGAUUUUGAAAAGCACUUUGAAUAGUUAAGUUACACUAUUUGCUGAUAUUAGGUUCAUAAGGUCACUUUCAGGGUUACAGUUAUUGUUUUUUCGGCUGCUUCAUGGGUGCCACAGCAAAUCAUUUUCCACUAAUUUAUCCUAUCCUCUUGUACACACUCAAAAAAGGGUUGUUGUAUAAGCAUGUAAGUUCAUGGAUGCGGAUUGAAAUUACUUUAUUCUACAUAUUUUAAAUAAAGUCUUGUCUGUUUUUUUGUUGGCCUGAACAAUCCUAAAGUUAUGUUUUAUGCCUUAAAGCAGUACACUGGCUCUAGGUCGCCAAUAGAGGGUAGUAUUUGUUAGUAUUUGUACUUUUUAAACUAACUGUUUUUUGAUUGUCAUAAAUUAAGCAUAAAUUAUGGCAAAUGGCAACACUCAUUACUCAUAGUAGAUGAUAGAUAAGUGGUGAAUAUGAACAUGACUGUGAAAUAAAAUGGGCUAUAUAUAUAUAUAUAUAUAUAUAUAUAUAUAUAUUCUUUUCUUUUUUACAGAUUUUAUGUACCCAUUUAUCUAUAUGUUAUUGAACACGUGUAAUACUAUAGCAAUUUAAUAUAAAUGUCAUUUUUAAAACCUACUGAUGUGCUUUAGGAUUUAGUCAUUUACUGAAAAUUGUGGACCAAUAAAAACAACCUGUCGUCAAAAACUGUAGAAUUUUUAGCCAUAUCUGAAGGAUGGUCCAUUAUUAAGUAGCCUCCAAAUACAACUGAGACAUAUAGCCAACCCCUAGAGUUAGGUCCAAAUGUCAAAUCCUCUAAUUGUUAUAGAAUCUUUUCACAUUUGAAAGCAAAUUCUUCAUUUCUGUAUCAUUCCUAAUAUAAAUCAGAUAUAAAACACAUCUUGCUUAAUAUUUUAAAUUUGAAAUUCAAGCUUAAACAAGAGUACAGGAGGAGGACAGAUAUAACAUGAUAAAUAUCAUAUUGAACAAUCACUAGUAUAUAAAUGAAUGUAUUAUUCUUUACUGUUUUAGCUAGGUAGCUAGCUAACUUAACAACAUGCAGAACUUUCAGUAGUUUGACAGAAGAUGACCAUUGCACAUGAUCCUGAGUGUGAUAGGCUGUUAAAGCACUCUGAAAUCUUUAACACAACAUGUAACCACUACUGGAAGGGAAUUGAGUCAACUUCUCCCAUUGAAAAAAUAUCAGAAUAAAAGAUUAUUCUGUAACAAAACAUUACUAGACAAUUCAAAACUUGUUCUACUGUAUGUUCUAUUCAUGACACAGAUCCUGAUAUAAUUUCAACAAUUAUACAGAAGAGUGUCAUGUCACAUUAUUGGAUUUAGGAAACAAAGACACAGAUUCCAGACUAAAUCAGAAAGAAAUUUGGAAUGUGACUUAUACACAAGGCUUUCACAAUGUUUUCAAGACAACUAAACAGCAAUUUUUUAGUUGCAAUCAUUAAAUGGCUAAAGAAUAUGAACAAAGGUUACAUUUGAGAGGAAAUCCUGCUUGUCCAAACCAUAUGAUGUAAACGUGCUAAGGACCAGAGAAAUGGUAAAUAAUUACUCAGUUGUUCUGCUUUAAAAGCCCCAGUAGAAUUGCGUAACCAAAAUAACAGAGUUUUGCUCAGAUUGAAGAAGACCAAUAGAAACGCGCACUGUAACACGCCAAUAACAAGUGCGUCACCAUAGUGCGCGCGGAAAUGGGUUUGACUUGGGUAUUUCCAAGCUUUUGCAACAAGUCUACAAUUCCAUUGUUAGACACUCAGCGCUUCAACAGUUGCACCACUUUCUGUAAAACAUGGCCGGAAAACUGGAGCCGUCCAUGUAUCUUUUCGACGUGCCACCGCUGGUAAUGGAGACAUUUUGUAAAGUGAUGGACAGCGGUUUUGACAGCCUCGGUUGGAGAGGUUUGGCGGCUCGCAUUCUGCCCAGCUGGCUGGAGGUCAGGUGCACAGAGAUGCAUGUAGCUGCUGGAAGAAGCCCGACUCAUGAGCUGCUCUGGUCCUGGGCUCAGCAGAACAAAACUCUAGAGGAUCUGAUGAGGGUUCUGGAAGAUAUGGGACACCAUCGAGCACUCGAUCUUUUCCGUUCUCACGGUGCGCACAUUGGAUACACAUACAAAGACACACCACACAGCUCUUCAGCCCAGAACAUUUCUAAGCCUCAAACGCAUGACGAAGGACCAAGACUGUGUUCUGAUCCUAACCAGGAGUCUGUGUUUGGUGAAGGCAGACGACAAAAGGCUUUGAUCACUUACUUAGAGGUCAAAGUAGGAACCAGGAACUUCCAUCAGGAUUUGAAAAUUGCAGACAGUACGUUUGCAGCAGUUUACCAGGGAAGACAAGGAAACAAAAGCUUUGCUGUGAAGGUUUUCAAGCAGGGGAACAAGAAGUCUUGGAAGGAUUUGUGGAAAAAGUUCAAGACAGAAAUUGAAGUUUUAAAUUUCUUUGAUCAUCCCAACAUCUUGGAGCUUUGGGGUUGUUUUUCAGAGGAUGAGCGCUACUGUUUGGUCUAUCCGUUCAUGUCUAAUGGAUCUCUGUUUCAUAAACUGCAUAAUGAGGAAAGCGGGAGGCUCCUGUCAUGGCAGCAGAGACUCAAUAUAAUCAAAGGCACAGCAAAUGCUGUACAUCACCUGCAUACUGCUCAACCUUGCAUGGUUAUCUGUGGAAACAUCACAAGUUCAAAUAUUCUGCUGGAUGAACGCUUACAGCCCAAGCUGUCCGAUUUUGGAAUGGCUCGUCUCAGACCCCACACUGUUAACCAGAGCUUUACCAUCACCAUGGACACAGGUUCCCGCAGCAACCUGGCCUACUUACCAGAGGAGUAUAUACGUGAUGGAAAACUAUCGGUCAAAUUAGACAUUUACAGCUUUGGUAUGGUCAUUCUGGAGACAUGCACAGGAAAGAAAGUGGUACAGGAGACACCAAAGCAAACAUUACUGAGGGAUGAGCUGAGUUUAGAGGCAGAAGAGAAGGGCUCUGUGGAUGCCUGCCUAUGCUUUCUGGACUCCAGAGCAGGAGAGUGGCCCACCACAGCUGCCCUCUGCCUGCUCCGCCUGGGUCUGGAGUGUACAAACAGCCGAGCCCGAGCCAGACCAAGCAUGGUCAAUGUUUUAGCAAAGCUUAAUGAGCUUCUCCCUUUGCCCUUUGCCCUGGAUGAGUGUCCACGGACCCUGGCUGACAUGACAUCACCUUCUGUACCUGUUGCUGAUCAUAGACUGAGCUCCAGCCUGCCUGAGGAGGACGAUGAGCCUAAGCUCAACGUAGAGUCCAAACCUCUAGAAUGCAGCCAGUCAGAGGUCACGUUCGUGGAUAAGAAAGAACAUUACAGAUGCCUGUACAGCAGCUCUGUCAUGAACAGGAGGAGAGAAGACGCAGUUGUGCAGUGCCAUCAGACAGAAUGCGCCCCUGCACUGGAUCUAUACAGCAGCUGGCCUGUUGAGUGCAGCUGCGCAGCCGGAGCGGAAACGUGCUGUGAGGACUGCUGGGCCAAUGGCUUUAGCCACAAUCCGUCCUUCAUCCCUCAAGAUGACAGAAGACAGCAUUGUGAAAGUACAAUAGAAAAUCCUGCUAAAAUGAGGCUCCGCUAUAAAAUCCAGUUGUACAACCAAGGCUUACUCAAGACGGAGGAACUGCUUUCAAUGACAUCAGACUGAUUCAGUAACUCUGUAUUGUCCAUGUCUGGGUUUGUACAUAUUUCAGCAAUACCUCAAUGCCUCAAGUGCAAAAGGAUCUUUUUUAUAUGGAACACAAUCUUAGCUAUUUAAGUACUGUAUCUUAAAGGCAAAGUUAGAAAUAUUGUAUUCUAAGGUUACCGAUAUCGAUACUCAGCAAAAAAGAUGUACUGACGAUGAAUGAUCCAGUGCAGUCAUUACUAUCAUAUCAGUUUGUAUAGUUUACAUAAUAUAAUAUAUUUAAUAUUUAAUUAUAUAUUUUACUUGUUGGUGUGUUGCUGUGCUUUCAGACAGUGUAGAAUAUAAGGGGUAAAAUAAAAGAAAAAAUUGUAAAAUGAACUAAUGAUUAUGUAGCAGCAAAAUUUUUUUUGUUUAAAUAAAAAAAUUUAGCAUGGGAGAGGCAGCAAGACAUCAAGAACCAUCUCUGAACAAAGACUGUAUGUGGCCAUGAUUACCAUUUAAACAAUAGUAUCACCUGACAUAUAAGUGAUUAAGUAUUUAACCUAGUGAGCCAGCAUUAAUGUAUCCAAUGUUAGAGAUUUAAGCACUUAUGUACGUCGCUCUGGAUAAGGGGUCUGCCAAAUGCCGUAAAUGUAAAUGAUAACACCUGUAACAAUACCAAGCCAAGCUGUACAUGACCAUCUAGCUAAACAAUAUUAUCACCAGACCAUAGGGGAGAUACUCAGUUCUUACUCUCAAUUUGCAUUCAAAGUGAAAAUUCAUUUAAAUUACAUAACAGUAUAAAAUGUUUGAGCAGAUUUGUCUUGCAUUCUCUUGACUCAGAUGAACCCAAAGUCCUUUGUAUUUUGUCACUGCUCCACUAUAAUAAACUUCUCCUUCGUUUUGAUUGUA